UUUUUUUUUUGCACACUUAAUUAUUAUAUAAUAGUAUAUGUUCAACGUUGUCUAAUUUAUAGUUCAAUGAGGUCAUUUAUUAGUGUGCUAAUAAAAAUUAUUUCAAUUUCCAACGAUAAAUUGAUAGGUUUUAGUUGUAAAUAUAGAAGUUUCCAAUAUUUAAAUUUCAAAAAUAUUAAAUAUGAUAACUGUACAAAAUAAAUAAAAAAAAAAAAAGUUGUCAUCAUCACUGCAUUUGGCGAGAAAAUUUUAUUUGAGAAAGUGACACGUGGGCAAUGGUAAUGUCAGCUACUUCUGCUUUAGUAAUACGGAGUAGUAAAUAGAUUACGGAUUAUACGAAAAUGAUACUCCAUGAUAAACAAAUUUUCGAUUUUGUCUACUACUCUACUUGAUAGCUGAACGCCUGAACUUAUUUUCUGUUGAUAAGAAUGCACUUCCUAAAAAGGUGUAUAACAGAGCAAAGAGCUGUGAGGGGGCUGAAUUGCUGAAAGCCUGGAAGUGCAUUUCCUAAAUACUUCACCAAAAGGCUGUCAAAGCAACAAAGUGGAGUAGGAGACCCAAGAUUGCGAGAAACUCAGGGAUGAUGAUGAUGAUGAUGAUUCCUUCUAAAGCUUCUGCUUUCUUCUUUAAUGCCGGUAUUUCUCUUUCCCCUUCUUUUCUUUCCCAUUUUCGACUGUUUUCUUCUUCCCAACAUCGUCAACUGUUUCUAACUUCAAUUACUCAACAAUCCAAAUUAGGGUUUUCCGAUCUUAAAACCCCCUUUUUUCUAUAUAAUCAAAUGAUUAAUUUGCGCCCUCUUCCUUCUGUCAUGUAUUUCAAUCAGUUAUUUACUGCUAUUGUUAAAUUGAAGCGCUUUAAUCCACAUUCCACCAUUAUCUCUCUCUUCCGGCAGCUUGAAUUGUUUGGUAUUAAACCCAAUAUGCAUUCCAUUGGUAUUCUUGCUAAUUGCUACUGUCAUUUGGGCAGAGUUGAUUUCGGAUUCUCUCUCCUUGCUAAAAGACUUAAGCUUGGUUAUCCCCUUGAUUCUGUCAUUUUUAAUACCUUAAUUAAUGGCUAUAUUCACUCUGAUAAGCUCCCCCAAGCUGCUCAUUUGUUGAAUCAAAUUGUCAAGCUUGGUUUACAACCCAACUUAAUUAUGUAUAGUACUAUUGUCAAAGGACUUUGUAGGAUUGGCGACAAUACGUCUGCUCUCACUUUGCUUAACAAAAUGCAAUCUCGAUCUCAUUUUAAGCCUAACAUUGUUUUAUACAGCACUAUCAUCGAUAGUCUUUGUAAGGACAGGUUGUUACAACAGGCCCUGGACCUGUUCUCCUCCAUGAAAACUCAGGGCAUUAAACCCGAUGUUGUCACUUUUACUUCCUUGGUUCGAGGCCUCUACAAUUCCGGCUGUGGGGAUGAGGCUCAUCGUAUGUUGACUGAGAUGUUAGAGAGCAACAUUGCACCUAAUGUUAAGACCUACAGCAUGCUGGUUGACAUGUUUUGUAAAGAUGGCUGUGUUGAUCAAGCUCAGUCCAUUCUAAAGCACAUGAUUGAGAAAGGCGUGACUCCUAACAUCAUUACUUAUAAUGCGUUACUGGAUGGAUACUGUUUGUGCGGUCAGAUGGAGGAUGCAGAGAACCUACUCGUUCUCAUGGCUGAAAAUGGCUGUGAGCCUGACCUUUUCAGUUUCAACACUAUGAUUAAUGGAUAUUGCAAGGCUAAAAACAUUGACAAGGCCCUUAACAUUUUCCAAGAGAUAUUUCGGAAAGAUAUAACACCUAAUGUUGUUACCUAUAGCACUCUUAUUGAUGGACUGUGCAAAGCCAAUAGACUCCCACACGCGCAUAAGCUGUUCAAGGAAAUGCGGGAUCAUGGAAUUGCUCCAGAUGCUGUAACCUAUGCCUCCUUACUUGACAGCCUUUGCAAAAGUGCUCAGCUUGACGAGGCUGUAAAAUUACUUGAAGAUAUGGAGGAUAAUGGUGUUAAGCCAAACAUUGUCAUCUACAGUAUUCUAAUAGAUAACUUGUGUGAGGCUGGACAACUUAAUGAUGCAGCAAAGUUCUUUUCAGAUCUUGUAACAAAAGGUCUGGAACCUAAUGUGAAAACAUACAGUAUACUGGUUAAAGGCUUCUGCAAGAAAGGGCUCACGAGUGAAGCUGCUCCAGUGUUGAGGAUAAUGGAGGAAGAUGGUUGCCCCCCUAAUGAUGUUACCUAUAAUACAAUAAUCAGAGGCUAUAUACUCAAUCAUGACUUAUCAAAAGCAUUAUAUUAUUGUGAUCUUAUGGUCAAAAAAGGAUUCAAAGCUGAUGCAGACACUUUGUCAUUGUUUGUUGGUCUCUUGUCUUCUGAUAACUUAAGUGACUCAAACAAGGACCUGCUAAAGAAGUUUAUCAGCUGAAUCUAUCUGAUUUGUAUAUUUGACAAACAAAGUCAUCUAUGUUGUUAUGUCCUCCAUAAGGCCUUGAAGGUAUUCUGUGGAAUAAAGUCAAAGCUGUUGUGCUGUGCAUUGUCCUAAGGUUUGAUGCUUCUUAUCCUGUCUAAAAUUGAAACUUUUAAAACUGAGAUCAGCAUCUUUAGCUUUGGUUUGUUGUUUUGAAAGUAGAAUUGAUUUGAACUACUUGUUUCCGUAUUUGUGAGCCUUGCGCUAAUGAUAGAAUAAAAUAGUUAGUUGGUUUAUUUUGAUGGAAAGGAGGUGACUUGGUGAGUGAUGAAACAGGCAGAAUUCGAAUUGGAUGCUGCAAAACUUGUCUUGUAUGUAAUUUAUAACUAGACUUUUAAUCCAA